AUCUAAUGGCAUUGGUGAAUUUCUUGUCAUUUGUGUCAUAUUGUUUGUAUCUAUUCGAAACAGUUUUGUAAGUUGCAAAGAGACGUUCGAGGUGAUUUGUGUUUAAGAAAUUCAAAGUGAUAAGAAGCCAGUUGUUACUAUCUUGAGAUUCAGUUACAUUCAGAAGGACGGAGCUGCCAUUUUCGAGUGCAGUGUCUGGCAGAUUCGAAAUGGCCUGCUUGUUUCACUUUCUUUGGUGUGAUCAUUGAGCCUACUUCCUGUUUGGAAGCGUUUGAAGCAUGGUAACUGUCAAAAUAUAAGUUGGAGCCCACUAGUUAAGCUCUCGUUUUAUUCAUAUCGUUUGUCUGUGCAAAUACUAUUGAUAUCACCUUUAUUAGAAGUGAGGUUUAAUAGACUGGCCUGAAAACAAAUAAAAGGCAUAAAAUGUAUCUCCUAGUCUCACGAAGAAGGGAUUUCAAGUAUUAUAACCAAAGACGUCGUUAGUUGAUGUGGAUUUUAAAUCUCAAUUCUUCGUUGCUCUCUAGCCCGCCCCAUUUAUUCCGUUAAAAAGUUGGUAGCCCUCCCUUUCAAACCCUUAGGGGUUUUGACCCUCACAUUUCCUGUAGAUGGCUUCAGAAGAAACAACUCACCGCUCCUCUCAAGAAAAGGGUAUAGAUAUAUUAGCUGACAAACUCUCUCUAGCUGCUGCUGUAGACCGCCUUUUGGAGGAAGCAUCUUUUGUAGAAGCUCUAUAUUCCAAUGAAAGCCUUCAAACACUAUUGAACGAAGUGGAACGUAUGCAAGCUUUUUCCGAAAUUCUCCACGUGCACCAAAGAAACGUAUUAUCGUUUCUCAAGCUUGCUGUUGAUUCCGAAGAUUCGCAACCUGCUAUGGUUUGGAACUACGUUGCUGAACAAUUACUAUCAGUAAUCUCCGAUGACCUGGUGAAUGAAGAUUCCUGUGCAAAAGUUGUUGCUGAACUCAAAGGCCUUGCUGUUGUAUUAGAUGCUUCUCGAUAUGAAGGCAGCCAACGUCUUACUUUAUUGAAGGAGUCAAUGAAUCAGAUCUUUGAGAUAAGGGAAGAUUUUAGUGAAACAGUUAUCAACUACCUCUCUUUGAAAAGUCACGAAGUGCAUCAACUCUUCAAGGAUGCAACCAAUGCCAAGAAGUUUAAAACAGCCAUAUCAAAAUAUCUGAAAAAACAUCAACAGGAGACACUGAAUCAUUUAAAACUCAUAAUUGCUGAACUUGAAAGAGGUUAUGGAGAACCUUGGUUGUACAAAAUGUGCAAACAGCUAUAUGGACUAUUACCUAAUAGAACAAAAAUACGCAAACAACGAAGGCGUUUAAGUGAACCACCUGCUGUUGAAAAAUUGAGUGGACUUCAUCUCGACGUUAGCGAAGUCAAGAAGGUUUUAGAAAGUCACUACUCAAACGUCAAUCAGACAGUUGAUGAAAAAGAUGGCUCAGAGAAGCGUUACUUGCGCAUGCUUCCUAGCACCGCGAUGCCUUUGUUGAAUUAUUCUAUUUUGAAGAAGGACACAGGAGGCCCUGUAUCAACGGCUCAAAAAGAAACUUUGUCCUCAGAACCCAUGGAACCUGUUUCUUCAGAACCCAAAGCUGAUAAGAAACAAACCCCAGAAAAGGGCAAAAGCCACAGUUUAACGGAACCACAAUCGAAUGCAAGAGAGGUUUCAUGGGACUCACUUCCUAAUACUGAGCGAGAUAGAACUGACGGAGACAGUGAGAAGGCAUCAGAGGACAAAUAUGAUCAGCAAACGACAUCAUUGGCUCCAUUACGAAGAGUCGAGAAACGUAAAAUGUCUCCGAUUAAUAAAGAAGCAAGUCCAAGUAGCGCAAAAAGAGCAUUGAAGAAAAAGAAUUCGUAUCAUCGAUGGGAUGAUCAUCAGGACUAUUUGCUCAAGAAAGGAAUUGAGAAACAUGGACUUGGAGAGUGGAAAGCUAUACUGGAUGACCCGGAACUGGAUUGGCCUUCUUACCGUACAAAUGUUCAGCUGAAGGAUCGUGCACGUACUCUUAAGAUCGUUUGACGAUCAUUUUUCCGUUGCUUGAAAAUUGAGUAAUAAAUGAGUGUUUAUUUGCACUAGAAACAGUUCCAUG